AUGACUCUCAGCUUGCCAUUCAUCCAGGAUAAUUACGAUUCUACAUGGGACAAACUGCUUCAGCGCGCUCCUUCUCCCCUCCAAAGUCUCCUACAAUCACGCCCAGACCGUCAAGGGUGGAUUCACAUCUACGCGAUUGAUGCUUCAUCGCGAGAAUGGCUGAUUGCCAAUUUCGAUGCAUUCAGCGAGGCCUGCCCCGCUCGACUGGAAAUCAUUGAGGAACAGCUCAUUGUUAAAUACCCAUCCCAUAUCCAUGAGUUCGCUACGCCUGUGAUUUCACGGGCGGUCUACCAAACCAUCGAUCUCAAGCAUUACGGUCCCACGGACAUCACUCUUCUGGGCGGCGGUAUAAAGCAGCCGAACUAUCAGGUUUUUGAUGAUCGGGACCCAGCGCCCUGCGACAAGGAAGCCGAGAUACUUUAUGCGUUUCCUUCUCUCAUCGUCGAAUGUGCACCCACAGAACUCGAAGCCGAGUACGAUGUCAUCCAAGACAUUGUACUUACUCUGCUCAUGUCACAAAAGCACCUCUCAGGCCUUGCACUCAAGAUAUACAAAAAGAGCGACGGCACGAUUGACAAGCUCGUAGCGCACCUCUUUGUCUAUAUGGGACCCAGGGGGGUUGAACACGGUACCAACUACUCAGAGCAUGCGAAGAGAAAAGCCAGAACACUUUACGGUCACAACCCUAAUGAAGGCUGGGUCAAAGCAAAAACUAACGAGGACUACGACGCAUUCAGGCUGUAUGGUGAUCUUAUCAGUGAGGAUUCGGAUGAAGGACGCUGGUAUUGGGACGUAGAACGUGUGGAACAUAUUAUUAUUGACUCUGAGAACCAUGGGAAGGACCAAGACAUCAUUAUACAAAGAGGCCAUGUCUAUCGGAAUACACCAGCAGAUGACUAUUCCAGUACCGCAUUGGUUUUUCCAGCAGACGAGCUCUGGAAGGCUCUCCUCGAGAGCUACAGGCAGGAUGUCAUCCGGAAAGUUGCCGCUGAAGAAUCUGUCGCAAAACUUUAUCCUACCGAAAGAUUUGUGGAGACAGUGCCACUGAAGCGGGAACGUGAAGUGCUGGAAGAACUGGUUAUGUGUGACUCCAGGAUCGAGGUUGUUAUUGAAGACUAUCAAGAUGCAUGGCCUUUGCAAUAUGAGCUUGAGCUCGCAUAA